AAAGGUUUUCUUUGGACACUCAAACUUGCAAUGCCCAAUCUUUUUGCUUGUUUCAAAGUCUCUCCAUUAAGUUAUUAAUAGCAUAGACUUUGAAAAUAAUACCUCAUCUUCCAUUUGCUUUUCUCUUCCUUUAAGAAGGCAUCUUCUUGUCUUUUUGAGUUGAAUAGUUUAGCCUCAAAACUUAACAUUCCAAAAUACUCCAUGGACAAGCCCUAUUGCCUAGUUAUUCUAGCAUUCUUUUGCACUAUUCUUGUAAGAGCUCAAUCUUUUGAUUUUCUUUACAAUGGAUUCAAUAAGUCAGAUAUCAUGACUGAUGGAGUUGCAUUUAUCAAUCCUAGUGGUGCACUUAAGCUUACCAAUAGAUCAUACCAUGUCAUAGGCCAUGCUUUCCACCCCAAACCUAUACCAAUUUUCAACUCUAGUACUAAUUCCACUGCUAAAAAUGCUUCUUCAUUUAGUACAAACUUCGUCUUCGCCAUUGUCCCUCUUAAGAACACUCCAGGUGGCUUUGGCUUUGCUUUCACCUUAUCUCCAUCCCCUAGUUUUCCUGGUGCUCAGGGCGAUCACUUUCUUGGAGUCCUCAAUUCAACGAACGAUGGCAAUGCUACUAACCACAUCUUUUUGGUUGAAUUUGACACAGUGAAUGGCUAUAAUGAAGGUGUGGACACAGAUGGCAAUCACAUUGGAAUCAACAUCAAUGGCAUGAUGUCUAUCGCAUCACAGCCAGCCUAUUACUAUGUCAAUGACACUUCUAAAAUAGAGGAGGUAAAUCUACAAAGAGCAGAAUCAAUUCAGGCUUGGGUAGAUUAUGAUGGAGUAAACAAAGUGGUAAAUGUAACAGUAUCCCCCAGAUCAGUUCCAAAGCCAAUUCAACCUCUAAUCUCUAAGUCCAUAGACUUGUCCUCAGUGAUGAAGGAAACUAUGUAUGCUGGUUUCUCAGCAGCCACAGGAGAUAAAGCAAGCUCUCAUUACAUCUUGGGUUGGAGUUUUCGGUUGAAUGGAGCUGCUGAUCCAUUAAAUCUCUCUGAGCUACCUACUGCCCCACCUGAAGUGUUAACAUCCUCCAAGAAUUCCCAUCUUAAAAAGGCCUUGAUCGCAGCAUUUUCCUCCACGGUUUUCCUGAUCAUUGUGGCAUCAGUAAUUGUUCAUAUCCGUAGAAGAAUGGUGCAACAUGAAGUUCUAGAGGAUUGGGAGCUGGAUUGUCCUCACAGGUUUAGAUACCGAGAUCUUUACAAGGCAGCCAGGGGAUUCAAGGUCAGUGAACUAAUUGGAGUUGGAGGCUUUGGUGCUGUUUACAAGGGUAUUUUGCCCACUAAUGGAGCUGAGGUUGCAGUGAAGAGGAUAGCAAGCAAUUCUCUUCAAGGAAUGAGAGAAUUUGCAGCGGAGAUUGAAAGCUUAGGCAGGUUAAGGCACAAACACUUGGUCAACCUUCAAGGCUGGUGUAAGACAAAGAAUGAUCUUCUCCUAGUGUAUGACUAUGUCCCAAAUGGAAGUCUUGAUUCAUUACUUUAUAGACCGAAAAAUGACAUUGUUCUAGCAUGGGACCGGAGAUUUAACAUCAUCAAAGGGAUUGCUGCAGGGCUUCUUUACUUGCACGAAGAAUGGGAUCAAGUGGUAAUACAUCGAGACGUGAAGAGCAGUAACGUCCUUAUUGAUGGUGAAAUGAAUGGUAAAUUAGGGGAUUUUGGGCUUGCAAGAUUAUAUGAUCAUGGCAAGAAUUCACACACUACAAAUGUUGUAGGAACAAUAGGGUACCUUGCACCCGAAUUAUCAAGAACAGGGAAGGCCUCAACGAGUACAGAUGUUUAUGCAUAUGGUGUACUACUUCUUGAAGUAGCUAGUGGAAGACCACCUAUUAUCUAUGAACCAGGGCAAGGAGCUCUGGUACUAGCAGAUUGGGUUAUAGAAUGUCUUCAACUAGGUAAUAUUCUUGAUGCAGUUGAUCCUAGGUUGAAUUCUGCCUAUGUCGAUAAAGAGGUGAAAAUGGUUUUGGGACUUGGGCUUCUUUGUUCUCACCCAAGACCAGAAGCUAGGCCAACCAUGAGACAAGUAAUGAAGUACCUCAAUGGAGAUGAAUCGCUUCAAAUUUCUGAGCAGUUGAGCUCUGUUGGAUCGGACAGGGUUGAUGAAAUCACAUCCAAGUUCUUGGAAGUGUUUGCUAGUGAUACAAUCAAUAUAUCACGCCGUACAUUUUCCAUUGGACAGAUGUCAUCUAGUUCCUUAAAUGCUGGUAGAUAGAAAUUAUAGGAACUUCUGUAUAAAGGAUAUACAACUGUUCUCGUGUUUGCUUAAAGCUGAAAUUAAGUAGCUUCUAUUUACCCAAAAGUCACUUUUUCUUCCUUGUAAUUGUGCAAUUUAGAUAGGUCAUCUAUUUCUGGUGCAUUCAUCAGCUAACAAGGGAGAGGAACAUAAUCUCAGUUAUCA